UUAAUGCUGAAAUUAAUGAUAUAAAGGAACGACUAAAGAUGACAGAACGAGUUCUAGAAGAGGAACGGAAAGCAAAAAUCGAAGAUAUGCAGAAACUCGAACGCGAGAUCCAGGAUUUCCGUGCUGGGUAUGGCGGUAUGCUUGCUCAGUUAGAAUCACUUGGACCCCACCAUCGUGGAUCCUCCCAUUCCAAGCACAGAUCGUCCUCAUCAUCUGCAGAUGGCCAAGCGGAUACCACUGUUGACAUGGAGUUGGACAAAGACAUUAGCCUUAUCACGACUACCUUGAUGAAGGACCUCACAAAGCCUUCUGUGGCAACAAAGUCAACCACGCCGUCUCCCCCACUUUCGGACACUCAACAGCAGAAGACCCCCAAACAUAAGCUUUUGGACCAAAAAUUAACUUCAACAGAGACUUUAACAACAGCCAACAUGGCAGACAGCAAUGAGCUAGAUAAGAUGGAUUUGGAACAAAGAAUCAGUAAAUUUGAAUCGGAUGUUCGCCAAAGCCUACAGCGUACUACUUCCAUCGAAAGUUUUAUCAGUGUCCGAUCUUCUACAGGGACAGUCAUUCCGGUGUCAUCCCAUACUAAUGCUAAAAGCCAUCACCAGCAUCAUAACGGAAGUUCUCGCGAAGAUUUACGACUAUCUGCGCUCAGUGAAGAGCACAAGCUUGCAAAUAAACUUCGGGAUCGUAUCAACGCUCUGAACGUUGAAAACAAGCGCCUUCACACGGAAUUAUCCUCGCUCUCACUAGCUAUGCGUCAGCAGCAAGCAGAAAGACAACGCCGAGUUGCUCAACUGGAGGAGCUUUUAGAUAUGCACGAGAAUAUGGCGAAUCAAAAGCUGGAUGACUCUAACACGGAUGAAGGUCAGACUAGAAUUCGCAAGGUGAUCCAGGGUUUGCUGAUCAGGAUACGAACCAAAGAGGCUGAGGCAGAGUUCUAUCAUAAUGCAUACUUGGACAAAGUUUUAGAGCUUGAUCAAAUGGCGCUUGCUAAUGGCAAGAGCCAUAUUAUGGAGAGCAUUCAUGAGGAAGAUCAGUCACAAGCUGUGGUAGAUGGCCUCUCUAUUGCUGCUCCUUCAGCCAAUAAUGCCAUUGAGGCUCUCGAGGCUCGUGUGAAGGAAUUAGAGAGACUGAAUAAGGAGACAGCGUUCCGCCUGGCAGCAGAGCAAAGACGAGCGCAGGCGGCAGAGAUCGAGAAUACAACAUUGAUACGUGAAAAGCUGACAUUAGCACGGUUGUUGGAAGAUCAAGUCGAUCAACUCCAGUCGAAGCUCAGCGCAGCUGAAAUCGCCAAAGCAAAACUUCAGGACGAGAAUACAGCCUUACGUCAACAAGGCGUUAAAGACCAGCAACAACAGCACCGACUUUCACAAAGUGGAGAUAGCCUAGAUGGUGGAAGCAAUAGCUCCAGUGCUGAAUCGAUGGCCAUAAUGCGCACGCGAAUGCUUUCGUUGACAAGGCAACGUGAUCAGCUACGUGAGCAGCUCCAGGAAGCCUUUGAUAUCCAGCUGACAAUGCAGGACCGCUCAGCCGGCGGAGUACCAGAGUGGUCCGUUGACGAUUUCAAGAGGCUUGAGAAGGCCUUAGAGGAGAAGUCCUCAGAGCUGAGUGUUUGGAAGGAUCGUGCAAUUGCCCUUGAGAAGGUGGUAGAACGUAUUCGUAUGAUUAAGGACAAGCCUGAACCAACUGGAUUGACUCUGGAAAGGACUUCAACUCGAGAUAGUGAUUCUGCAAUAAGUGCAUCAUCAGCAAGUGGUCGGCAUCAUACUUUAGAGGAACUGGACCAAGUGGUACUGCGACUUGAGCAGCGACUUGAAAGGCGUGAUCAAGAACUUCAGGAGGUCGUGUUAGAGGCCAAACGUCAGACAGAUCAGCGAUUGGAAGCCUGGAAAGCCAAAUGGGUCCAAGUGGUACAACGCAAAAAUGCAGAGAUCCACCGAUUCCAAGUGGAGCUUGAGUCGUUGAUGGCUGCUGUCGAUCGUGACCGCGCCAGGAUGGCAGCUUCGAUGAAGAAAGAACAAGUCUGAAAAGAUUUUUAACCCUUCCAUUAUUAUGUCAUUUUAUUACUAUUUAUCUUUAUAAUUUUUAUUUUGUUACCUUUCGUGAUGAAAUUC